AUAGAUCUUCAGCAUGCCAUAUGCACCAUGCUCCUUGAAGGAAGGCUGGGUCUAGCUCCAGUACAAUCGCCAGAAUAUGUCUUGGACAUCGCCACGGGGACAGGCAUCUGGGCACUCGAAUACGCCGACCAGAACCCAAAGUCAAAGGUUGUUGGCACAGACUUGAGUAGGAUACAGCCUAGCCCGUGGGUAACGAAUUGUUCGUUCGAGCGGGAAAACUCGGAAAUGGCAGAGUGGUUAUUCCCAUACAAGUUUGACUACAUUCACCUCCGAGCCGUCCUUACCUGUUUCGACGACAUCACGACGGUCAUUAAGAAGUCGUUCGACCACAUGAACGCAGGGGGGUACAUUGAGUUUAUGGACCCCGGCGCUCCCGCCUUUGAGCGCUGGAAUGAGCUCUUUGCGAAAGGUGCUGCCGCUAUCGGCCGAGACAUGCCCAGGACGCGCCUUUACAAGGACUACCUCUUCGAAACGGGCUUCGUGGACGUGGUCGAGCGGCUUGUGCCCAUGCCCAUCAACCCCUGGCCCCCAGACCCUGGUUUCAAGCAGAUGGGCCGGUUUGGUGAGCAGAACAUGUUGAAAGUCAUCGACUCGCUUCGGAAGCUCACUGGGCUUGCGGGGCUGACCCCCGAAGCAACGGAGGAGCUUAUAGCGCAGGCCAAGAGAGAGAUUGGUGAUAGGCGGAACCAUACGUAUUUUCCAUGGUAUGUCGUAUAUGCGCGGAAGCCACAUCCGUGGGAAACAAGAGACAUGGAUACUGAUGCGUGGGCCCCGGGGCGAAAAAUACCUACUGAGGAAAUACAUGCGGGAAAGGGCAAGCAGGUGGUUCCAUAGGAACAACGAAAACCAACCAGGUUGGCAUACUGGAAUAUAGGGGAGAACCAAGUACAUACUUUCAACAACAUCUUAGUACACGAG